AUGGGCUUCCCCGAACAAUGGGUGACGCUCAUUGAAAGGUGCAUUGGAUCUUGUUGGUUUUCGAUUCUUAUUAAUGGGGCGCCGGCAGGCUUCUUCAAAUCCACCUGUGGACUAAGGCAAGGGGAUCCUAUCUCCCCCGCCCUCUUCGUUCUAGUGGCGGACUAUCUCUCGAGACUACUUGAUAAACUCAUCCUUGGCAACAAAGAGAUGACAUUCAAAGCAAUCCGGGGAAGUAUUGAGAUCAGCCACCUCGCCUAUGCGGAUGACAUCAUUAUCUUCACGCAAGCGGCCGUGAACCCCCUUCGGAGGCUUCGUGGCUGUCUGGAUCACUAUGCCGAGGUGUCUGGUCAGCAAAUCAACCUCGACAAGAGUAAUUUCUAUAUUGCCGAGGCUCAUGAAGGCUGGACAAACACAAUACAAAGCGAAGGAGGUUUCUCACGAGGUACGUUUCCCUUCCUUUACCUUGAAGUCCCUAUUUACCGGGGGGUGAAGCGCACGAGUAUGUUCUUGUUCAUCCGGGAGAAAAUCUCAGCUAGGAUCUCUGGGUGGGCCCAUCGUCACCUCUCCUUUGGGGGGAGACUCACUUUGAUUAAAAGCACACUAGAAGCGAUCCCCCUACACAUUUUUCAAGCUAUUGAGCCUACGGGUGGUGCCCUCAAGCAAUUGGAUCAGCAGAUCGCUCGGUUCUUUUGGGGGUCAACUAAUGAGAAGAAAAGGACACACUGGAUUAGUUGGGACCAGGUUUGCCUACCCACAGCCGAAGGAGGCUUGGGCAUUCGGAAGAUCAAGGAAGUCUUACGAGCUUUUAAUAUCAAGUUGUGGUGGCGGUUUAGGGAACAAAACUCCCUUCUGGCUACGUACAUGAUGGCCAAAUAUUGCCAUAAGGCUUCUCCACUCACAGCUAAAGCCAUGGGGAGGGGCAGCCCUACUUGGAAGAGGAUUUUGAAGGCCCGGGCCCAGGCUCAACCGCACAUUCGAUGGGUUGUGGGAGAAGGAAAGAUGCUAUUCUAG